GGAAAGCAUGGGGUCGUGGCUCGAGUCGUACUGGAGCAUCACCCUUCGCCCAAAGACGCUCGAUGAGAUCGGCGCCGAGCGCUGGCUCGUGGCCUGGCCCGGCGUUUGCGUCUGUCACUGCGUGCGCUUCCGCCGCAUCUACCUCGCGCUCGCGAGCUGCGUCGCACAGGCGUGCGCCGGCAUUCUCUUUGCGAUGGUCAUCGUCGCCGAACCCAUGGCCGACUACGUCCUUGGACCGAGCUCGCUCCCGGACGCGUCUGUCACGUUUACGCAGUGUGCGGUGGCGUACUGCAUCCCCGUCGCGCUCCUCAGUCCCGAGCUCGAACGCCGCGGCCCCCGCUGGAGCAUGCUCUUGGGCUCCGGCCUCGUGCUCGGCGGCUACGCUGUGCUCGGUCUCGCGAUCCUGAUUCGCGUCUGGGUGCUCGCCCACGUCGGGUACAUGCAGCUCUUCUUCUCGAGCCUGGGGCUUGGGUGCAUCCAAGUGACAUCGAUGGCCACGUCGCAAAAGUGGGCGCCGGACCUCCGCGGCACCAUGAGCGGCCUCUGCAACGUCGGCUUUGGCUUGGGCCAGCUCCUCUGGGUGCGCUACUUUGGGUGGCUUCUCCAGCACGUCGCCCGCGAGUACUUGUUUUGGUGCGUCUUGCCGGUCCUCUUCCCGCUCCUACUUGCGUGCACGAUCGUCCUCCGGACGCCGCCGCCCGACUUUACCGCCCACGGCCACGACAUGCAUGGGAUUCCCGCGCACAAGUCGGUGCCCGCCGAGGUCCACGACGAGUACUUCAAGGUCGGCAUGACGCUCGUCAACGUCGAGAUUGUCGCCGAGUCGACGGCGGGCCUCGACGGCACGCUGCGUCAGUACCACGAGCAAGUCAAAGCGCUCUCGCUGCUCCAGUGCGUCUUUUCGACCGACUUUUUCUGUCUCUGCGUCGCGUUUGUGGCGAUCUCGAUGCUGAAUUUACCGUACUUUCCGCUCGCGGCGCCCGACACGACGUGGGCGUCGACGUACAACCGAACCAAGGACGAAGCGUCGUCACUCAUCACGUACGGCGGCGUGUCCGGGCUCCUCGGGCGGCUUGUCGUGCCCAUGAUCUCGGACGUGAUCGUGCGCGUCUUCUACGCCAACCCCGCCUUUGCGCGCAAGGCGGUCUUCACGGCCCUCCUCGUCGCGGCGGUGAUCGCGCUCCCGAUCUUUGCCAACAAGUUCAACGAGACAGUGCCGACGAUGAUCUAUCUCACGCGGCUUUUGAGCGGCGCCGGCGGGUCCCUCGUCACGUGCUUCGCCACUGACAUGUACGGCGUCAUCAACACGGGGGUCAUGUACGGCUUUACGUUCAGCAUCUACUUGGCCGUCGCCGACUUUGUCGGACCGAUGGUGGUCGACGGCGUCGGGCCCCACGACCUCCGCGUCUUCUGGAUACUCAGCCUUCUUGGGCUCGUGCUCAUGCUCUUCGUGCGCACCGAGUCGGCCGAUCGGUUCUACCAUGGCUACCGCCUCACGAUCUGCAAGAAGGUAAUCGUCCAGAUCCCGUUCCGCAGCAACGCCAAGGAGCCGCCCGUCUCGGCCCGCGGGUCGUUUUUCAUCUAUGGGUCCGACUCGGACGAUGAUUUGUUCGUUAAAGUCCCGAUGCAAUAAUCAUAGAGGACGACUAAGCUAAUACAUAGUACUGUACAACAC